AUGGGAAAGGAAAUUGAUCCGGCCGAUAUAGGUAAGCAUCCGGACCUGAUAAAAAAGGCCCAGGCGGACAUUGCCUCCUGUGAUGUGCUGGUGUGUGGACGGUGCCACUCCGUGUUUCAUCUGAUCGAGCUGUUCCGGGAGCACAAGGAAAAUGAACCGGACUGCAAACGGGCGUCUUCGUCGACGCUGCACGAUUGUGAUGAGGCACAGGCGAAGGUGUGGGCCUUUCUGCUCUGGAAGUCCGGCCAGCGAAACGCCACCGGUGAUGAGAAAACGGACGGCUCGAACAACUCGUGGAAGCUGUACCAGACGUGGGUUAAACUUGAAGAAUCCGUUCGCGAUACAUGGAUUGUUGCGGGUAAAACCAUCCAGUCGUUUUCAAAGACCGGUGCGGGCAACCUACAGGAAAUGCCGGUAAAAAUUACUAAAACGAUCGUAGAAACUGGAAAUGAUAUGCAAGAUAAAAAACCGGGAAUGGUGAAUGCUCAGAAUCGUUUCGCACCCAUGGUGCGUAAACCAGGCGAUAUCAAACCGAACAUCAUAGGAAGCGCGGUGGAUCCGAAGACACGCGUCGUCGUUGGUGCUGCGAUGGGUGGUGUCAAAAAACCCGAUGGCGCAAAACCCGGCACGACAUUGACGCCUGCACGUCGCUCCUUUGCAACGCGCACGCACCCGAAGACGGGUGUGUUCUCGGAGGAAGAGGUGGAGAAGAUUUUGGCCAAACGGUUCAGUCCCAUCAUCAAGAUGCACGAGUAUCUGGUGAAGUGGGCCAAGAUGACGAACGAUCACAAUACCUGGGAGCCGUUGACGCAUCUAAACACGGCCCAAAGCAUCCUGGAACACUUCGAAGUGCAGCUGGCCAAACAGAAAGAGCAACGAGCGGCCACGGCUGCUCGAGCACUGCAGCAGCAGCGUCUGGAAAGGGCUAAACCCGCUGGUGCAACGGCUGCAGGUGGAACCGGUGCUGGCACGACAACCGCUGGCGCGAACACUUCACCAACCGCUUCGACUGCCAGCCAGCUGCGACCGAUACGCAACUCGAAGGCCAGUGCGCUCGACAGGGUGAAGCUUUGGACCGCCGGUAGCCGAUCGCCGGGUGACGAGGAGACGGGCCAGGCGGGGAAACGCAAGCUUGACGAAGGCGAAUCCGAUGGGUUGAACGUGGGUAGUGACCAAGAUUCGAUGGACGCGGCAAAGAAGCCACGGACAGAGCUUGGCGUCAACGAAGCGCUGAACAAGGUAUCGCAGAGUGGGAACGUAAAGAUAGUGUCCAUGGCCGGUGGUGUCAAAUCUUCUGCUUUCGCUGGAGCCACCGUAAACGGGACGGUUUCUUCGCCGAAGGACAGCAAUGCGGCGGAGGUGGUUAUACUUAAAUCACCGAAGGAUGGUGUGUCGAGUGGCAUUAGUAAGAAACCGCCCGGGCUGGUCGCGGGCAGCCCAGUCACGAACCGGCUGUCACCGCGCGGCGAAGCGAAGGUGAAGAUAGUGCCAAAGUCGGACCCGGGGGGCAUGCAUGGAAUAUUCAAGAUCAAAACGGAAUCCACCAAUUCUUCUCCACAGAGCUCGCCCCAUGCGGCAGCCAGCGCAGCGGGUCCGACGAUCCUUGCCACCUCGACGACACCCGCGGCGCGUGCCAUCACAAUCCAGGCCCCGUCUUCGACGACCGAUGCUUCGGGUGUAACGACACGCUUUAUACGCCGUAACGUCGACGGUACUGAGCAGCUCGUCAAGCAGACGAUCCGCAAGGCCACAAAGUUCAUCCCCAGUACGCCCGCGCACCAGCGGCAAGCGAUAGUGGGGGGCAAAUUCGCGACUACGGGUGCACCCGUUCCCAAGAUUACGACAACCUCUGCCGUCGGUCAGCAGCGCACCACGCUAUCGCCCCGCGUCAUCACCUCGACUCAACCAAAAGUGAUGACCAGUAAGGUUGGAACUCCCGGUGCGACCAGCACGCCAGGUACGGUUGUGCGAACGUCGACAAUUACGCGGCCAGGAUCCGUCUCAUCGGAGCAGAAGAUAAAUGCACUGCGCAAGCAAGGUCUGAACGUGGUCAAGAGAGUCGUCACAACGUCCACGGUGGCGGGCGGUAAAAAGCCGGCUACCGAGGACGACGAAGGUGAGACCGAAAGCUUUUCCUCCUCAAACCUGCAAUUGUCCACUCCCUCGAGCCCGCCGCGUGCUAUGACAUUGUGUCCGGUGACGGGGAAAGUGCUAUCGCAGGCGGAAGGAGAACCCACUCCAGUUCCCAGUCCCGAAGCGGAACCGGAGGACAAGAAGGCGCUCGUCAAAAAAGAGCAGAGCGAGCAGCCGGGUGCAGAUGGUACGUCGAGCGAUCAGCAAUUGAUGGUGGCCGGUGGUGAGCAGACGGACACACAGGUCCAGCAGCUGUUAACGAACGAGGACGGUUCGCCAAUUAUUGUUGCGGGUGAGGACGGUACGUUGUACCAGGUGGCAGGCAAGAACGCCGAAGGACAAACCAUACUUAUCGCGCAAGGUGCCGACGGAGAGCAGAGCUGCGUGUUGGUGGCUUCGCAGGAAGGCGAAGAGGAUGCGACGGCAGCCGGUACAGGUGUUCUGACGUUGGAUGCCGCGGUUUCGGAGGCCGUUUCCGUCCCUCAAGAGGGACCACAAUUAACAGAAGAGCAGGCAGCCCAGUAUCAGCAGACGGUUGAUACUAAUCAGCAGCUCACAAUUCAAACCGACGACUCGCAAGACGGUCAAAUUACGGCCGAAGUCGUACAAGCCGAUCAGCCAUCUCCGGGUGGUACUCGACGUGUUGUUUUGCUUCUACCUGAUGGUAGCUUUAUGAUGACGGAGGUUAACGAAGAACAGUAUCAAUCGCUGAACCUGGUCAAUUGAUCUGGGUCACAGUAAAGGCGCUAGGUGGAAUAUAUUUAAGGAGUUUUAUCAAAUUGCUUUACAUAGGCUUGAGCAUCUUCGAUCAGUACGACCCCAGUACCGUUCCUUCGUCGGCCCUGGAGGAAGAUGGGGAAUAGUUAUAUAAAUAUAGAACUUUGUAUCAUAAGACAUCAGGUAGAUGAUAAUUUUAUCCUUUUGUAAAAUAGGAAUUAAUUCCUAUCGGAGUUGCCUAACGGUCUCGGAAAGCCAAUUGAAUACUGGCUUCUGACGCGGCUGGUUGACAAUACCAAUCUUAAAAGCUCAACUUUCUUCGAAGUAGUAGAUUUAAUUUUAAUGCUAUUGAAUAAAUUGCCUCAAUUGACUGGGCGUCUCAAUUGACAGGAUUGUAAAUUAAGCUAACAUUAGAGCAAAAACUUAGUGGAAGAUCCUUUUGCAGCCAUUAUUCGCAACACAAACGAAUAAUUUAAGUUUCGCGUUAGCCAAAGCUCAAUGUUCAUUUAACAGAAAAUAAAAAUUCCUAUUUUGUCUUGACUACAAACAUUUCGCUGUUUUCAAACUCGCGAUUGUUAUAAAUAAGUAGUUAACGAGUAUAACAGGAUUUAAAUGAUAAAUACAAAGCUAG